AGCGCAACCACGGCAAUGCAUAGAUCGACAGCUCCGUCGCAUGGAAAUCCCUGCCAGCAGCGGCAUUGUCCGACUUCAAAAGGCCGGGAUCCAUGGAUACUUAUUAGAAGAUCAGAUCAUCACCUUGCAGACAGGAUUAUGAAGAUUGGAACCUGAUUCAUGCUUUCCAAGACUUUCGUGUCUCAACUAAACUCUUUUUCCUCGAAAAGCUCUCGUCAGCCAUCACCCACCAUAGCUGGGACUGGAGAUGGGACUCAUGGGAGAAGAAAUCGACAACUCACCACGGACGACUGACAAUGGCCGCGUCGACGUCAAUCUCAAUUCACGCCUUUGCAAGACACUCUCGCUCCUCAUCCCCCCAGAGGCGAAGUUCGACCUGAACGCGGCGGCGGAGCAGUUCGAGUCUGAACUCGCACCGCCGCCCAAGUACGCGGAGGAAGGCCCGCAGAGCAUCCGGCUGAACAUCGUCAUCCAGGUGGUCGGCAGCCGCGGGGAUGUGCAGCCCUUUGUGGCGCUUGGCAUGGAGCUCCGGCGGCACGGCCACCGCGUGCGCCUGGCCACGCAUGACACGUUUGGCGACUUCGUCCGGACCGCGGGGCUCGAAUUCUUCCCCGUCGGCGGCGACCCGGCCGAGCUGAUGGCGUACAUGGUCAAGAAUCCCGGGCUGAUGCCGAGCAUGAAGAGCCUGCGGGCGGGCGACAUCCAGAAGAAGCGCAGGAUGGUGGCCGACAUGCUCGACGGCUUCUGGCGGUCGUGCGUCGAGCCGGAUCCGGCGACACACGCACCGUUCGUGGCCGAAGCCAUCAUUGCGAACCCACCCAGCUUCGCCCACGUGCACUGCGCCCAGGCGCUCGGCGUGCCGCUGCAUCUGAUGUUCACCAUGCCGUGGACCAGCACCCGGCGCUUCUGCCAUCCGCUGGCCAACCUGAGGGGCGGCGGCGAGUCGGGCGUCUCGCAGGAGGUGGCCAACUACGUCUCUUAUAUGGCCGUGGAGUGGAUGACUUGGCAAGGACUGGGCGACGUCAUCAAUGCCUGGCGGACGACACUCGAUCUAGAGCCGGUCCACUUCUCAGAAGGACCCGGGUUGGCCGAGACGCUUAGCGUUCCGUUUACGUACUGCUGGUCACCGGCACUGAUACCAAAGCCAAACGACUGGCCGGCGCACAUUGAUGUCUGUGGCUUCUUCUUCCGAGACCCGCCGUCGUUCACUCCGGACCCGGAGCUCGCCUACUUCCUCAAGGCCGGCCCGCCGCCAAUCUAUAUUGGGUUCGGCAGCAUCGUCAUCGACAACCCCGAGGCACUCACCAACACGUUGCUGGCAGCCAUCCAAUCCACCGGGGUCAGAGCUAUCGUCUCCAGGGGCUGGAGCAAGCUCGGCGGGAACAGAACCUCAGACGACGGCGGAAACGUCUUCUAUCUGGGUGACUGUCCGCAUGAAUGGCUGUUCCAGCGCGUCUCGGUUGUCAUCCACCACGGCGGGGCCGGGACCACCGCCUGCGGUCUCUUGAACGGCAAGCCAACUGUCAUUGUUCCGUUCUUCGGCGAUCAACCAUUCUGGGGCGCCAUGGUGGCCGCCGCCGGUGCCGGCCCAGCGCCGAUCCCGCAAAAGCAGCUCAACGCAACGAACCUCGCAGAGGCGAUACGCUUCUGCCUGACUCCAGAAGCAUCCGAUGCCGCUCAGCGCAUGGCGGCUCAGAUGCGGUUCGAAAACGGCGUGGCCCGCGCCGUCGCCUCCUUUCAUGCAAACCUUCCGCUAGACAGGAUGCGCUGCGAUGUGAUGCCCCAUCUCGCCGCAGCGUGGUCUCUCAAGACCAAGACGACGAACGCCCGCCAGCAAAUUAGACUGUCAAAGGAGGCAGCCGAGGUCCUGCUUGGCGAGUCGAAAGUGAAGUGGAAUCACUUGAAGCGAUACGAGAGCAAGCCAAUACACAUCGAUCUCAGGAGGUGGGACCCAGUCACGGCCUCCAUGUCGUCCUUGGCAACGACAACCACAGGCAUGGUCACAUCCGCGGCCGACAUAAUCGUCAAGCCCAUCCAGGCAUUCACUCGAAACGACAGCUCGACUGCGCAGACUCACGAUCACUAUGGCGCUGCAUCAUCUUCCAGUACUACUAAUAGUAAUAGUACUAGUAGUUCAGCAUCUGAACAGACGAUCUACUGCCGACCCGCCGCGUUCCAUCUUCCCCCCGAGCAGCAGAAGACGACGAAGAAGCAGCAGCAGGAGCACCUCUCCAACCGUGCGGCAGCGGCCGCCCUGGGGUGUGCCUCGGGAGUCGGCAGCUUCUUCAAGAGCUUCAGCAAAGGCUUCUACCUCGACAUGCCGCUGGCCGUAUCCGAGGGCCUGCGCAACGCCCCGCGGCUGUACGGCGGCGAGGUGUACGACCCGGGCCGCGUGACCGACUGGAAGUCCGGCGGGGCGGCCGCGGGCAAGAACUUUGUGCAUGGCAUGGUCGAAGGGCUGGGCGGGAUCGUGACGGAGCCCGUGAAGGGAGCCAAGCGGGACGGGGCCCUGGGCGCGGCAAAGGGCACCGCGGUCGGCCUGCUGAACAUGACCACCAAGGUCUCCUCGGGCGUGUUGGGCCUGGUUGCCUUCUCAGGGCAGGGCCUGUAUUUGAGCGGCAGGUCCCUGGUACACAGGGACACCGGGAAGAUGAUUAGGGAGGCUACCAAGGCCGAGGGUGAAUAUGCCGGGGUGGUUGGGUGUGGGAAGGGCCUUGAGAUUAACAGGAGGACCGUGAUAGAUACGUUUGAUCGGUUGGUGCGAGGAUAAGGAACUACUACGUAAUACAGGUGGAGGGUGUCGGAUAGUGACAGCUGGAGUUAAGACGCGUAUUACUUUGUACGGUAUAACACGAGGCAGGCACUGGCGUUCACAAGACUGAGCGCAUAUAGAUCUAUUAUAGAGUAUUCAG